CACUGAUAGGCGGCACAGAUAGGCAGCACUGACUGGCACUGAUAGGCGACACUGACUGGCACUGAUAGGUGGCACUGAUUAACAUUGAUAGGUGGCACUGAUGGGUGACAUUGAAAGGCAGCUCAGAUGGGCACUGAUAUGUGGCAUUGAUGUGCACUGGUAUGCACUGAUAUGUGGCAUUGAUGUGGCACUGAUGGGCACUGGCACUGACAGGUGGCACUUCUGGGGCCACACUGAUCAUCAGGGCACACUGAUCAUCAGUGCCCUGAUGAUCACUGUGAUUGGACACAGCUGAUCACAUGACUGAGCCGACAUCUCUUUCCGUGAUCUGCUGUGUUUAAGAGACACAGCGCACCGGUGAUCGCUGCGUGCUCCCUG